UUGGCGUACAUCCAAUCACGUUAGAGUUGAGCAAACAGCCAAUGCGGAUUGGUUUGUACGGCCUGUCCUUCAGCGGAGGGGAAGCAGUGGCACAGUCAACAGCAGACAUGAAUUCCCUGGAACAGGCCGAAGACCUGAAGGCCUUUGAGAGACGACUGACAGAGUAUGUAUCCUGCUUGCAACCUGCAACAGGCAGGUGGAGAAUGAUUCUGAUAGUGGUGUCUGUUUGUACGGCUACUGGGGCUUGGAACUGGUUAAUAGACCCCGACACACAGAAGGUCUCGUUCUUUUCAUCACUGUGGAAUCACCCCUUCUUCACCAUCAGCUGCAUCACUCUAAUAGCUCUCUUCUUUGCUGGGAUACACAAACGAGUUGUGGCACCAUCAAUUAUCGCUGCUCGCUGUCGGACAGUUUUAGCAGAAUACAACAUGUCCUGUGAUGAUACGGGGAAACUUAUUCUCAAACCAAGACCGAACAUCCAGUAACCAAAAGCUUGUGUGGGCUUUUCAGACAGUGUACCUGGUCUUGGCUGAUAGCCACGGAUCGCUCAGUGACUUGUGACCUCUGGGUGGUCAGAUAUUGUCAUUGUGAUGGAAUACAUUUAGAAGAAGGAAGAAAAGAACUGAUAGGGCCUUUUAACAGUGUUGCUGUGUUGAUUUCACAAUUGAAGCUGCUGAUCUGCUCACAUAGUCUUUGAUAUGUUUUACUCCUUCAGUGUGAGUUCAGAUGUGUUUAUUUCUGUUUCUGAUGUUAAGCAUGUAUUUUAUCUAAAUGUUUCUAUUUUUAAAGUUAUUUACCUAAUAAAUACUCCAGAUGUGAAAA